AUGGGGCCAGACCACCCUGUUAUACUGGUUAAGAGUGAUGCAAAUGAAACAUUCAAGAGCCUCCUGGAGAGGGAGAGACCGGUGGACACCAUAAAUCAGACAACGAACCAUUGGAUGGAUCCUAGAUGUAAAACAGUAGAUCCAGACAAGGAUCUUGUGGACUGGCACAGACCACUUCUAUGGCAGGUGGGUCACCUGGGGGAGAAAUAUGAUGAGUGGGUGCAUCAACCUGUGGAUCGACCCAUCCGUUUAUUCCACUCAGAUAUCAUAGAGUCCUUCUCAAAAACAGCCUGGUAUAUAGUUAUUGUGGUUUGGAUGCCUGUAGUCCUGUAUGUCAGCUGGCUCUGCUACACUUCUCUUGGUCAGGGAAACACCAGGCUCUUCUCUUCUUUGACAACAGAGUAUUCCAUUCCUGUCCACAAAUACUGUUUCCCAUUCCUCUUCAUCCUGGGAAUGGGCCUGUGGUCCUUAGUGGAGUAUGUCAUCCAUCGCUUUGUCUUCCACAUGAAUCCACCUGCUAGCAACUAUUAUCUCAUCACACUGCAUUUCUUGUUGCAUGGCCAGCAUCAUAAGUCACCAUUUGACAGAUCCCGCCUGGUCUUCCCUCCUCUGCCAGCAUCACUGGUAGUUGGGUUUCUCUACUGUUGCCUCCUUUUGAUCCUGCCUUGGGCAGUGGGGCUCUCCUUGUUUGCUGGGGGGCUGUUUGGUUACGUCGCCUAUGAUAUGACUCAUUACUACCUGCACUACGGAUCACCAAAGAAAGGCAGCUACCUGUAUGGACUGAAGACCUAUCAUGUGAAGCACCACUUUGAACAUCAGAAAUUAGGCUUUGGCAUCACAACCAAGUUUUGGGAUCGUCCAUUUCGAACACUAAUCCCAGAGGAAACCUUUGAGAAAGAAGAUUAACCACCCUGCUCUAUGUUUGGCAUCUGGUUCCCACAGCUCUAGUGCACUGGUCUUCCUUCUUUCCUUCCUUCCUUUCAUCCUUCUUGCAGUCUGAAUGGCUAUCCAGACUACAGAGGGAGCUGUCAGCACUGCAGAGCUGUAUGAGAGGGAUUUGAAGCCUAUUUGCUUAUGAAGAGUGUAUGCAUGUGGGCAGGGGAGUGGGUCCUGUCCAAUGUUGGCUUUUGUGGGCUUGCUUACGCUACCUCAUGUCAGGCCCAUGGCAGUAGUACAGCUUGCUGGCUAAGAGGUGCUGUAUUUACUCAGAGGAAUCUGCAAAGCAGUCUCAGACAGGUGCCUGAAAGGCAACCAUGCCAUUUGCUUUGAAGUCACCUGGUUUUUGCAGGGACCAACACAAGAAAGGAAGCACCUGGAGGGGCUGCUUUGCAAAUGCGGUGGGUUACUUUGGUCUGAGCACUUCAGCAAGUAUACGAGGGGAGAGCAGUGCAUGUACUGGUGGUAUGAGAAAAACAACACAGCCGGGGGCUGCAUCUGCAAUUCCCAGGAAGCUACCGUGUGUGCAGUGGAGGAGAGAGCCCAUUUACCACACAGAGCUGCGGUGUAUGGAAACUUCAAAUCUGAUCCUGCAGAGCCCUGUCUUCUGAGCUGAUGUCCUGCUACAUAGUGCUGAUCAGGUAGAGGUGGAGCUGUGUGUGCUGGGACCUAUAGUCUCUCUGGACCAGACUUUUCUAUCCAAGGUGGGGAAAGAAGGACAGGGGCACUUUGGGGAAACUUGGCAGGUAACCAGAUGUAGCCUAUUGGUUGUUCAGGAGCCUUUGCCUGUCCAGAAAGUCCUUGAAGUAGUUGGAAAAGUAUGGACACUAUCUCUUCAAAAUCCCAUAAUUAGUCCUGCUUCUGGGGCUUUUAUUAAAAAUACGGGAAAACACACUGAAAAAUGGGGACUUGUCACAUCACCCUUAUGAUGCUAUGUUCUGCAGUGAAUCACCCAGCUAGGGAUUUGAAGCUGUGUAUGAAUGUAGUGGCAAUGGUACUGCAGUUACAUGCUGCCCUUGGCCCCCAGUGCCUUAGACAUGCAGAGAGAACCUCCUUCCCUACCAAAGAGCCCAUGCUGCUGAUACAGAUUUCUUGUUUUUAGUGACUCUUGUGCAGAUCCCCAUCUCUCCCAGACUAGUCUGUUGGGCUGGUUCUUGCCUCUCAUCAUGUCCAAGAUCAUAUAUAAACCAUGGCACUGAUAAAAACCAUCACUCUGCCAGUCCUUACAGGGUGCUGCCUGCUCUGUGCAUGAUAGCCCAUCCAAGCAUCCUAUGCCACCCCAGAUCCUGCAGGCUGCCCCUGGUCAUGACUUAGUUGCAUCUAGUGUGUUUCUGCAACAGGUACAGAAUGGGCAUAGGGGCUAGUGCAGCUGACCUGGUGUUGGAUCUCCUCCAGCACAGCAGGAUGUUGGAAGUGGAGGUGUGCUGAAUCUGGAGCCGCAUCACUCCCCUGUACCCAGACCCCAGUGCACAGAGGGACACAGGAGCUUGGGUUGCUGCUUCUUUCUGUCCUUCCUGGCUUGGGGCUGUGCCCCUCACUUCUUUUGCUUUAUAAGAAAAAAAAAAUGCUUCAAACUCCUGAGAACUCGAUAGUCCCUUUGCAGCAACGGUUCCUGCCAUUGGAGAACUGGGCCAGGGCUUCCUGACGCAGCAUAUUCCAAGCCCCGCAGAGCAGAACGUUUUGGCAGUUAUAAUGGCAUGCAAGUCAGGGGUUCUUGCCAGUGCAUCUCUCACGGUUAGAGACCCCACCUCUUCACAUCCCUGAAAGGCCCAGCUGUGCUGACAAAAUCCUGUAGCACAAACCCUGCUUCUUCCUGUGCAAGGCAGUGGUCCCUAAAUGCUGCAUGCGGUGGGUGGUGUCUACUGCAACACUAGGUGGGCUGGGGGAGAGGAGAAGGACUCUGGCAUCUGCUAUGGCCCAAACUCCUUCUUUCUGUCAACAUGCUUUGCUCAAGGAAGAAGUAAAUGAUGUCUGAUCUCAUUCCCACCGUGCCAGAUGCCGGCUGCUUAUCCUUGGGUGCAACCAGAACAAAGGAAUUUGGUGUUCACACUAACCAGGAUGGUGCUACAGUGAAUGGAGCCCAGGAGUCUGCUGGGAGCAGAAUCCAUUUAGUGGAGUUUACCAGUUGUAUCAGCUUUUGGGGUUGUCCUCUGGGCUUCAGAAUGACUAUGCCCUUUUUCUGGCGGCUUCUUGAGGCUGACAAAUUCCAGGGCCUGGUUCAUUCCCAGGCCCUAAUGCAAGAGGGCCUGGUAUACAGAGCAAGAAGAUACAGCACUGGAAUGAGCUAUCGGGGAUGGGAAUACCAUGGCCUUCUGCCUCCAUUUUCCCUGCACUUGAGCUUGGUUCCUGGUGCCAAAUGCUGAACUCAAAAGCAGAGGGAACACGGCUGGGAGUUAAGAUUCCCCAAGGGCCAGUCAGUCUGGUGGAACAGCUCUGGACUCACCAGUCCCCUUGCGCAAGAGGUAAAUUAUGCUGCUGCUUUGUAAUUUCUCUCUUUCCCUGGCCUCUUCUUUGCUAUCUGAGUGGCUGCUUUGUCAGCUCUUUUCCUGAAGGUGGGUGGAGUAAACAGAAGGUGAUCCUAGGGAUGAGCUAUCUGGCCUAAAGCAGGGGAUGGUGACUGCAGCUUUGCUAGCUAGACAAGGAUGUCUUGGAACAGGUUCUACAUACCUGGACUUGUCUUUAGCAUGCUGCUCUGCAUGAAUCCCUUGCUGCCUAAUGAAGAAUCACCUGGCUUCAUCCUUCUUCUGUGGCCCUGGUGUUUCAGUCACAAAGAUGCCCUGUGCUUUCUUUGCAAAUGCUCCAGUGACCAUAUAAUGCUGCUGGCCACAUGUCAACUGGACUACCUGUGGGUGGGGUCUAGCAGCUGUUUUGGGGCCUGCUGUUUAGUAGCUGGUGUCUGAUACUGCUGCUUCCCAAUGCAGUAGGGAAGUCCUGGGAACUCUUGGCUUUGCUCACUAUGAGCCAUGCUGCCCACAGGUGCCCUGCUGAGCUCCUCCUCUUCCUUUCUUCAUAUCAUGCCACUGAUAAAUGGGCUUGGCAGCACAGCAGCCACCCAGUAGAUGAAGUGCCAGAUGUCCCCUGCCGUCAGCCGUUCCUCCUCUUUCCAUUCCUGUGGUCCCCCUUGGGUGACUGUGGUGCUGCUGGAGGCCUACUUCCUCACCUGCUAUUCCCUGCAACACUAGACAUCCCUCUGCCAUUCCCCUUCCUCUUAUGCCUCAGUGCCUUCCUCCUGAACUCAUCUCCAUAUGCUGCAAUUCCUUUCCAAAUUCUAGCCAUCACUCCAUGACACAAAAUGAGCGUGUCACAGGCAGACCCAGUAACAACUCGUGUGCAGCUAUUCCAUGUAUAUGUAUAUGGGAUGUACAUGUUUAUGUACAUGUACAACAUGUAUAUGUACAUAUUUAUGUACAUCUCCUUUAUGGGCCGGCUGCACUUGAGCUGUUGCUGGGCCUGUCUGUGGUGCGCUCAUUUUAUGUCAUGGAGUCAUGUGUAUAUACCAGUCAGAUGCAGUCCUAAGGCGUUCUAUGGACUUCAGUGGGAAGACUCUGGGCCAUUAUUUUCAAAGAUUGCCACAUGAUGCUUUUCCUCAUGUUAAAAUCCCUACCUAAAAUGUGGAAGAUGCUACUAAUGCAGUUGCCAUAAAACCUUCAAAUGAUUAAGCCCAGAACAAUAGACAGGAGGUGUGCCUUUUUUAUGCCCUCACCCCCUUAUUGUGAAACUGGCCAUAGCAGCCUCUGCUGUACUUGGCACUCCUUUCCCUUUCCCCAAGCCAUGAUUCAUAUUGCACUUCUGCAAUUAAGUAAGAUUUUAUCUCCAGUCAUUUUAAAAACCAAACCCUCCUCACCCUACACUGCUUCCAAUGUGGGUGUGUCUGAGGCACCCAACUGAGUUGGGGAGGAAAGAGGAGGAAUCGGGUCUUUCAGGCUUCUGUCUAGCCUUUUUCUAACCCAGUGUACACUAUUGCUUUGCCAGAUUUACUGUGUUAAUUGUAGGCAAUAGCCACUUGAAACCUAAACUUCAAUGACCAUAAUUGCUAAGAAAUGCCUUUUUCUUGAUCCUGUGACCUCCCUCCGCCCCCUGAUGUUUACUUCAGAUAUUUAAAAGUUUGGAAUAAAGUUUAUAUGUAAAGAUGUAAACAUGACAAUUUAUAAAUAUAUUAAACUAUUUCUCAGAUGUGUA